UCGGUUGUGGCAACGCUAAAGACUCAGCAUCCGUCCGCCGCCAUCCAGGCCGUGGAAAUGACCUCCCAGUACCUGCUGAUCUUCUGCAGGUACCCAUAUAAAGACCAGGGCGACAUUGUCCACAUCGAGCUCUUCUGCUCAGCUACCUUCGAAUACCAGCGCUCCAUCCUGGGCUGCGGCCAGGACCUGGUGUCCCAGGUGGCGGUGACCGGCGGCGGCUCCCACGCGCUGGCCUUCUGCCCCUCGCCGCGCUCGGGCCUCACCGACAUAAUCAUCUGGAACCUGGAGACCGAGGACCACAAGCACCUGGCGCGCUUCCCGGGACUGGUUGUUCAGGGGAUGUGUUUGGACCUGCGGUUCUGCCUGGGCUUCUGCGGUGGCGAGCGGUUCCUGAGGCUGUGGGACCUGGCCUCCAGGAUCAACGACCAGACCCUCACCUACAACACCCACAAGACCAGGAGCGACGGCACCGUGGAGGUCAUCCCCAUGGCAACGCCCUGCAGGUAUGUGUUGUGCAGGAGCACGCGUCAGGGCACGGUGCGGGUGUGGAACAUCGCUCGGCCGCGCUGGUCAGGGCGUGCGGUGAGGGUGGAGCACGGCCUCUUCAACAGCACAGAUGUGGCCCUGGCCCGAGACAUGAAACUAUACAUCCUCACCGACAGGGGAACCUCCCAGUUCACAGAAUCACCAACUCCUGUCUACCAGGUAUUCCUCCUCCGCCGUAGGUAG